AUGGCGGGACGCGCUCCCCCUGGCUCGGGGGCUAAUCAGAACCGAGUGUUCAUUGACCUAACCAAUGAGAUUGAAUUGGGUAAUUCUGAGCUGCCAAAGAAAUCAGUUCAGGCCAAACUUCCCUUUGUGACAACGUUAACUUAUCGACCACCAACUGUGCCAUUGAAAAGGAAAAGCGUGGAGGUAUCGCUAUCUGAUGAUACCUCAGAUUCGUCAUCGUCGAGCGAUGUUCACAAGUUUGCACGAUAUAGGCGGUCACAUGCUCACCCUUAUCCAUCCGGGUGGUGUCCAUCCUCGCUGAGUCCAGCGCCAAGCAUAACGCCAUCUCACAUUAGCGUUGUGAUUCCAUCACCAACAGCAAAGCAAAGGCGGGAGAUCGCAAUCGCGCGAGAUGUCUCUAAAGUUAAUGGAAUGGAUAGUGAUAUAUUUCCUACAACCGACGAAGAGGAAAGAGUUACAAAAGCUGCAUAUCCUACUUCUAGGGCUCGUGUUGACCGUCGUUCUGUCGCAUUGUCAUUCAGAUCAAGCUCGGCUCUCAACACUCUCAACCCACCAUCGUCCACGGAACAAAAUUAUCUUUCAAAACUCCGCCACACUCUUGACGAGAAGCUUAGGCGCAUCAAUGGGCCUACGGUCAUUCCGAAAGUUGAUUCCCCAAAGCGUCUUGCUAAACUAGCCGAUAACUUCGAGUUCGUCAACAGUUAUCAGUACCGCGCAGGUGUUGAACGGAUUCCGGAUGAUUCUGAAUUCAACAUCGGCUGUGCUUGUACUGAAACUGGCGGCUGCAAUCGACUCGAAUGCGAUUGCCUCAGCAAGGAAGAAGAUUCAGAAGAUCGAAUCGUCCCUUACCAGAUCUGCGAAAGCAAUCCUAAAUUGAUUGUGGCGACUAAAAGUUUCCUUAAUCGCAAGGCGAUCAUCUAUGAAUGCAACUCCCGUUGUGGCUGCAGUGGAAAAAAAUGCUGGAAUCACGUCGUUCAGAAAGGAAGGACUGUUAGACUGGAGAUCUUUGACACUGGAGCUCGGGGCUUUGGUCUUCGGUCCCCUGACUUGAUUCACCGUGGGCAAUUCAUCGACCUCUACCUCGGCGAGGUAAUUACAAAGCUUGAAGCUGACGAGCGCGAGAGCCUCACCGAUGGUUCUCAUACGCAAUCAUACCUUUUCUCUUUGGACUGGUAUGUGAAGGAUGACGACGAUGAAGAGCAAAACAUGAAAGUCGUCGACGGCCGCAAGUUUGGCUCGCCAACUCGGUUUAUGAACCACUCAUGCAAUCCUAAUUGCAAGAUCGUCCCUGUUUGCACCACGAAUCAUGCCGACGAAUAUCUGUACAACCUUGCAUUUUUCGCGUACAACGACAUUCCCUCCGGCACUGAAUUAACUUUUGACUAUAAUCAGGGCGAGGAGAACACAACUCCUCAAAAGAUUGACCCUGAGGCUGUCCAGUGCCUGUGUGGUGAAAGUAAGUGCCGAGGUCAAUUAUGGCCAAACAAGCGCAAGGGCCAGGGAUCCAAGCCUAAUUAG